UUGUUUCAGUUCGCUGUUUUUGGCUCUACUCGGAGCGGCUGGUUUUUCCGGAGGGAAACUUUACAAGGUUUAACAGGAUUCAAGCACGAUCAAUUCAUUUCGCUUAAUUAGCAAAGACAGUACAACCAUACUGAGAGGAGUUCGAACACCAUGUCAGGUAUUGCAUUGAGCCGGCUUGCCCAGGAGCGCAAAGCAUGGCGGAAGGACCAUCCUUUUGGAUUUGUAGCCGUACCAACAAAAAAUCCAGACGGAACCAUGAAUCUUAUGAACUGGGAAUGUGCUAUCCCUGGAAAAAAGGGGACUCCAUGGGAAGGAGGUCUGUUCAAACUGCGCAUGUUAUUCAAGGAUGACUACCCUUCUUCACCUCCAAAAUGUAAAUUUGAGCCGCCGCUCUUCCAUCCAAACGUGUAUCCAUCAGGCACAGUAUGCCUAUCUAUUCUAGAGGAGGACAAGGACUGGAGACCAGCCAUCACAAUAAAGCAGAUCUUAUUAGGCAUCCAAGAACUCCUAAAUGAGCCAAAUAUCCAGGAUCCAGCCCAAGCAGAGGCUUACACAAUCUACUGCCAAAACAGAGUAGAAUAUGAAAAAAGAGUUCGAGCACAAGCCAAAAAGUACUCCCCCUCGUAAGAGGUGCCGGCUCGCCUCGCUGCGGCAGAAGGAAUGGGUUUACCAGGAGUCACCUCUCCCCGCCCAGCCUCUCGAUGAAUGUGCUCCUCUCACAUCAGGACUCGCUUAAAGACUUUCUAUUUAAACUCCACACAUUCUGUGCCAUCCUUUCACCCGUUUCGUUUUUCCAUCUUAAAUGCCGGUUGGCGCGCAACGCUGGGAGGGGGACGGGUGCUCGAGCGCCCCGGUCAUUUCUUUUUAAACGUUGUCUUACGUGGUGCGAGGGACGCAGCCUCCGUUUCAUCUACUCCAUGCGAAGUCGGCUGUCAUCGAUCUUCAUGGAAAAAAAGAAAUGUCUGUUUUAUUUUGCUCUUUUCACAGGGUCCUUUU